UUUGUUUACGUUCCGAAAUUAUGUCGACGAAAAUUCCAGAUCGAUGGGAGGCGUACAGCCCGUAUGGCGGGCUAAUCGCCGAUCGAUUUAUCCCGAUGAAGGUGCCGCUGUCGAGGAACUUCACUUCGGUGCGACCUGAAGAUCGGUUUACGCCCACCGAUGCCAUUGCGCGGUUACCGUUGGGAUUGGUCAUCGAUUUAACUAACACCGCCCGGUAUUACGAGCCCAACGAACUCUCCCAAGGGGGUGUUUCCCACGUAAAAUUGCAAGUGAUGGGCAAAAUGGUCCCGAAGGAUGCCGUGGUGCGUCGAUUCAUUCAGAUCGUCGACGACUACUACCGGCGGCCAGAAAGUCAUGGAAGGUACGUCGGCGUUCAUUGCACGCAUGGCCUCAAUCGCACGGGGUAUCUCGUGUGUGCGUACCUCAUUCUUAAGUUACGCUACCGGGCCCGCGAUGCCAUCGACCUGUUCAAUGCUCGACGCGGGCAUGAAAUGGAGCGGCCAAAUUAUCUUGACAAUUUGUACAAAAUGGAAGGUACGAGCUUGGAGGUUUCGAACGCGCCACAUCACCGGGACUAUCGGCGACAGCCGGAAUGGGGUCAAAUGUAUCCUCAAUCACCCGGUCCAUCGAUGCAUCGGAAUCGCGAUUGGAGAAAUAAUCCGGAUUUUCGGUCGUCCGAACAUUCGUCAUCGGUCGAACGGCAGCCGCAUUGGAGAACUAAUCCGCCGCCACCUCAUACAUCGAGAUCUUUUACCCAACGACCUCCGAAAGGCUAACAGGUGCGCUCCUGCGCAAUCAGUAAGAAUGGUGAGUACGUUCGUCUGGGUACUCUCCGUAGAACUCCGUACAGUAGGCCGAGGCGUGAUGAUUGAUGAACUGACGAACGAAGAAAUCUUCUGAGCUGUAAUGCAAUUUAAUAAAAAAGUGAACUUUUGUAUGAAAUAAUUUCCU